AUGUCUCUCUUCCGUGCCAGCUUCCCAGGCUCUGGGGACUUCGCCCCCCUUUUCCGUCUCUUGGACGACUACGAUACUCAUCGCUCUACUCGCAGCCAGCCCUCUGCUCGCUCGUUCUCCCCUCGCUUUGACGACAUUGAGAUCGAGUUCUCCGACCCUCAGACUCUGGUCGUAAAGGGCCACAUUGAGCGCGACUACAACACUUCCAACCGCCAAGCCCAGGUUGAGGAUGAGGAAGCUGAGCAGACUGGUGCUGAACCCACCCACCGCUUCUGGGCUAGCGAGCGCGCGAUCGGCGAGUUCCAGCGCACCUUCUCCUUCCCGACUCGCGUUGACCAGGACAAUGUCAAGGCCAAUCUAAAGAAUGGCAUCUUGUCAGUCCAGGUGCCUAAGGCCACUGUUUCCACCACCAAGAAGAUCACCAUUGAGUAA